UUCAGUCUGGCGCUUCAGUCGUCAGGAUGGCUCGCUCGGUGACCCUGAUCUUUCUGGUGCUUGUCUCGCUGACCGGCCUGUAUGCUAUCCAGAAAUCCCCUCAAGUUCAAGUAUACACACGCCACCCACCGGAGAAUGGGAAGCCAAAUUUCCUCAACUGCUAUGUAUCGCAGUUUCACCCACCUCAAAUUGAAAUCGAAAUUCUGAAGAAUGGAAAAAAGAUCAACAACGUGGAGAUGUCAGAUCUGUCCUUCAGCAAGGACUGGUCUUUCUAUAUCCUGGCUCACACUGAAUUCACCCCCAGUGCAACCGACACAUACGCUUGCAGAGUUAAGCAUGUCAGUAUGAAGGAGCCCAAGACUGUCAUCUGGGAUCGAGACAUGUAAUCAAGCAUCAAGGCGCUCUGAAGAUUCAUUUGGACCAGUUUAAUUACAAACUCAGUUUCUAAUAUGCUAUACAAUUUAUGCACACAGUAAGAAAUAUGCAUCAUCUUCUUUAUAUCUUACUUUAAAUGUUUUAUGCAUGUUUUCAAAAAAAUUGGAAAAAUCCUGGUUAUCUGGAGUAAUAAAUCUUCAAUGAGUAUUUUGAUCAGAAUAAUAAAUAUAAUUAAGAACAAUUGUUGAUCAUA